CGCCUUCCCGUUAGCUCCCAUUUUCCCAAGUCUUUCCAAAAUCCCAUCACAGCCUCUCCGCCGGCUCCAGCUCCACAGCCGCACUCGUUCCCGUCAUGAAAUCCCUGUGGACAUGCUCGCUUGUCUUCAGUCUUCGACUUUUAAUAACGAUCGAAGUGGACGUGAACGCGCAGUAUCGCACAGGUCCAGCAGAAAGUGAUGCGGUCGACUACAAGGACCCCUGCAAAGCCGCUGCCUAUCUGGGGGAUAUAGCUCUGGAUGAGGAGGACUUGCGUUUGCUGAAGUUGAACUACAUUAUUGCUGCACUGAAUGCCUCUUCCAACCUCUCUAUAUCUGAAUCAGCUAACAGAGCCUCAGCCAGUGGCAAUGCAGAGGACGACUCGGUUUUGGCCAGUCGAAUUCUCCUACGCAGAAGAAGAGCAGCCACCGCCAGACCUGAGCGAGUUUGGCCGGAUGGCAUCAUCCCGUAUAUUAUUAGUGGCAACUUUAGUGGCAGCCAGCGAGCGGUUUUCAAGCAAGCUAUGCGUCACUGGGAGAAAUAUACCUGCGUGACCUUUGUGGAGAGAAGUACAGAGGAGAGCUACAUCGUCUUUACCAUCCGGCCAUGUGGGUGUUGUUCAUUUGUAGGGAGGAGAGGGGGAGGUCCACAGGCCAUCUCCAUCGGGAAGAAUUGUGACAAGUUUGGCAUCGUGGUGCAUGAACUUGGACACGUCAUCGGCUUCUGGCAUGAGCACACGCGACCUGACCGAGACAAUCAUGUUGAUAUAUUUCGAGAAAACAUUCAGCCGGGUCAGGAGUACAACUUCAUAAAGAUGGAGUCUGAUGAUGUAGAUUCCCUGGGCGAGGGUUAUGACUUUGAUAGCAUCAUGCAUUACGCCAGAAACACUUUUUCAAGGGGCGUCUAUCUUGAUACCAUGCUGCCAAAGUAUGAUGUUGAUGGAGCCCGUCCACCCAUCGGACAGCGCACGAGAUUGAGCAAAGGGGAUAUCGCUCAAGCACGAAAACUUUACAAGUGUCCCAGAUGUGGAGAGAGCCUUCAGGACAGCACUGGGAACUUCACCUCCCCUGGGUUCCCCAACGGAUACGCUGCAUACAGUCACUGCAUAUGGAGGAUAUCGGUCACGCCCGGUGAGAAGAUCAUUCUUAAUUUUACUUCAGUGGAUCUAUACAGAAGUCACUUGUGCUGGUACGACCAUGUCGAGAUCCGUGACGGAUAUUGGAGAAAUGCACCUUUGAUAGGUCGCUUUUGUGGAGACCAGCUACCUGAGGCCGUCGUGUCCACAGACAGCCGUCUGUGGAUUGAGUUUCGUAGCAGCAGUAAUUGGGUGGGAAAGGGGUUCUCUGUCGUCUAUGAAGCUAUUUGUGGAGGAGAGGUGGAAAGAGACGGUGGACAGAUCGAGUCGCCCAAUUACCCUGACGACUAUCGGCCCAAUAAAGUGUGUGUGUGGAAGAUCAUUGUGCCCCAGGGCUUUCACGUGGGCCUCGGCUUCCAGUCAUUUGAGAUUGAGAAACACGAUAACUGUGCCUACGACUACCUGGAUGUGAGAGACGGGGAUUCUGAGAGCAGUCCUCUCCUGGGCCGCUUCUGUGGUUACGAAAAGCCAGACGACAUCAAGAGCAGCUCCAACCAGCUGUGGAUCAAGUUCGUGUCUGACGGUUCUGUAAACAAAGCUGGAUUCUCAGCCAACUUCUUCAAAGAGAUCGACGAAUGCUCCCGGCCUGAUAACGGGUUUUGCGAGCAACGCUGUGUCAACACCCUGGGCAGCUUCUACUGUGCCUGUGAACCCGGCUUUGAGCUCUCGCCCGAUCGCCGCAGCUGUACAGCAGCUGCCUGCGGUGGAUUCAUGACCAACCUCAACGGCUCCUUCACAAGUCCAGGAUGGCCGCAGGAAUACCCACCCAACAAGAACUGCGUGUGGCAGCUCAUCGCACCCACGCAGUACCGCAUCACGCUGCUUCUCGAAGCUUUUGAGAUCGAAGGCAAUGAUGUUUGUAAGUAUGAUUAUGUUGAGGUGCGAAGCGGUCUGUCCACCGACUCAAAGCUUCAUGGGAAAUUCUGUGGCACAGAGAAACCAGAGGCCAUCACGUCGCAGGCCAACAGCAUGUGCGUGGAAUUCAAAUCGGACAACACCGUGUCCAAGAGAGGCUUCAAAGCUCACUUCUUUUCUGAUGUGGACGAGUGUUCAAGAGAGAAUGGAGGCUGCCAGCACGAGUGCGUGAACACGUUUGGGAGCUACAGCUGUCAAUGUCGCAGCGGCUUUGUGCUGCACAGCAAUAACCACGACUGCAAAGAAGUGGGCUGUGACCAGGUCAUCUCCAGCAUCUCCGGCAUCAUCACGAGUCCAAACUGGCCUGAUAAAUACCCCAGCAAGAGAACCUGCACCUGGACCCUGUCCACCACACCGGGCCACCGCAUUAAACUCGCGUUUGUUGAGAUUGCCAUGGAAGCACACGAGGAGUGUGCCUACGACCAUUUGGAGAUGUAUGACGGUCUAAACAGCAGGGCGCCCAGUUUGGGACGCUUUUGUGGCAAUAAGAAGCCAUUACCGGUGGUUUCCAGUGGCGACAGUAUGUUCCUGCGAUUCUUUUCGGAUAGCUCGGUACAGAAGAGAGGCUUUAAGGCGUCUCAUUCAGCAGAGUGUGGCGGUAGUUUAAAGGCGGAGAUAAAGACCAAGGAUCUCUAUUCCCACGCUGCGUUCGGAGACAACAACUAUCCCGGAGCGUCCGACUGCCAGUGGGUGAUUUCUGCGGAGAAGGGCUACGGCAUGGAGCUCGUCUUCCAGACCUUUGAAAUAGAGGAAGAAGCAGACUGCGGUUACGACUACGUUGAGUUGUUCGAUGGGGCGGAUGUCAAAGCGCCCAGGCUGGGACGCUACUGUGGUUCUGGGCCACCAGAGGAGAUCCAUUCAGCCGGCGAUGCCAUCGUCAUCAAAUUUCAUUCGGACGACACCAUCAACAAGAAAGGUUUUCAUGUUCGGUUCACAAGCACCAAGUUUCAGGACACCCUGCACAGCAGUAAAUAAGUUUUUCACAACAGAAGAGCUUCAGAGAACAUGCAUCUGAAAUAGUGAUGCCACUUUUGAUCACUCUUCCACAAGAGGAAAUUCAACCGAAAGCGGGGAGUAUGAGCCCGAUCUCAACACAUCCACUGAAAACUUUCAAACUGGAACAUUAGAUGGCUGGUAUGGAGUGCCUUGCAUCGUAAGGAAAGUGUCGUUGAUGGAUGUCUGCUUCCAUUCCCUCCCAUCUAAGAGGAUUCUUUUAUUUUAAAAAUCAAAUUCUUAUGUUUUUAUUACCACACAUACUGUAUAGGUUGCUGUUGCGUUUGGCAGUGUAUAUAAUAUCAUUCAGUGAUAAUGACUAUAUAUAUUUUGUAAAAAGCACUUCUAGCGCUGAGUUGUAUAUGAUCAUUCAGACUACACUGAUUUAAAUUAUGACUAGAUAUUGCCCAUCUCAAAUGAUAAACUGGACAACAAACAUGUCAAUGCACUAAUAAACAUGGUUUGAGAUGAAACAGUUUAUUUUUAUUUCUCUUUUUGCAUACCCUACAAUGGCCUGUAUGUCAGUUUGGGAAAGGAAAUGGUGACAUGAUCUGAAACGACCUUGUCUUUAGUGCUGUGUGCAUUGAGCCUAGGAGCAGGAUCUUUUACUUCUUCAGUCCUAAUUGUGAAUAACUGAUCGAGUCAUUCAUUGUGCUGGUGAUUUGUACUCGACUUGAUGACUCACUUUAAGUCAUUGUGUCAACUCCACAUCCUCCAUUCAAUUAUAAUGUUUGUGUGACAAAGGUUUUUCUAUCGAAAUAAUUUAAUUCUGCACCUCGAGAGUGCAACGCAGUCGCGCCUCCUUGUGGUCAAUGCUGGCACUUACACUAAGAAACAAAGAGAUGAUUUAAAAAUGUUCAUAAUUUAUUCACCGGUGUCAUUCGACACCUGUAUCUGGCUCUUUAUAUGGAACACAAAAGCAGAUACUUUGAAAAAUGUCUCCGUGGUUUUGUGUCUGUACGACGGAAGCCAGUGGGUUCCUAAGUGUUUGGUCACCAACAUUUUUGCAAAAUAUUUUUGGGAUGUUCUGCAGAAGAACGUCGUGAAGAUUUGGAAUGACAUCAGGGUGAAUAAACACAUUUUAUUUUUGGGAGAACGAUACCUUUGCAUGAGGCGGGAAAGAUAAAUAUCUGUCAAGACAGUAAAAAUAUUGAAAUGCUUGAGUAAUGAAGCUUCACUCAUUUUAUUCAUUUUUAUUGAUUUUUUGGAAAUUUUACAUGUCUAUAUAAAAUGACAUAAAACCGUGAAGGCGAUAUAUUAUUGGAGGGCCCGUUCUGGACCAAAACGUGUGCGUAGCAUAUCUUAACAUAAAGGUCUUUGCACAAAUAGUCCGAAAUUUUUGUAUGCAUUUUUUCGUAUUUGGCGCUCGUUUGUACUGUGUCCCUGAAUUGUCAAAACAAAAUCCUUGCUACGGAUGCGAAAAACGCAGAAAAUCGAACACAGUCCGAAUUUUUUUACGACGGACGAACAUACCGGAGGCGGUGUGUAAAUGUGGUUGACACAACGAGGUUUUUAUUUUUUAACGUGCG